CAUACGUACGGUGUAUUCGGCAACCCGAAUCUCCAGGGCACACGAUAGCCUCUCCAAAAAGUGCCUUCGUACUACCCUUCUACAGUACCGAUGAAUCCAGCUUGGCGGAACACCCUCACACAGUUAGUUGUGGUCGAAGCGUGGCAGGAUGGUAUUGCACCGCCUUUGAUCGACUCUGUAUACCACGACGUUAGUGUCGAGGUGCAGAAGCUGCGUGAUCUGUCGCCCGAGACGGGCGCUUGCGUGAACGAACCCGACAGCUACGAGCCAGAAUGGCAACACGCGUUCUUUGGCGGGCAUUACGAGAGGCUGAAGGAAGUGAAGGCCAAGUACGAUUCAGGAAACGUGUUGUGGUGCAGACGAUGCGUGGGCAGUGAGGCCUUGGUGGAGGAAACAGAUGAGAGAUUGUGCGCUGCAGGCCGGGCUGGAGUAGACGAUGACGUUGUCCGGGCCCGGCGCGACGAACUGCGCUGAAGUGUAGCACAUCAUUGAAAUGUCUUCGAUUGGUACCGUCUGGAGAUGUCUUGGUGACUUGUUUUGCUCGGUGAGGGUGCAUGAAGUCGGAGCCCCGAAGACGUGCGCGUCGGCGUUCUGUGCCCCGCCGAAUCCG